AUGUUUCUCCAGUAUUAUCUUAACGAGGAGGGAGACCGAGUCUAUACACUGAAGAAGCUUGACCCUAUGGGACAGCAGACAUGUUCAGCCCAUCCUGCACGGUUCUCCCCAGACGACAAAUACUCUCGACACCGAAUCACCAUCAAGAAACGCUUCAAGGUGCUCCUGACCCAGCAACGGCGCCCUGUCCUCUGA